AUGGUACCAAGUAAGUUAGAAAGACAUUUUAAUUCAAAACAUUCAUCUCUGAAAGAUAAAAAGCUUGAUUACUUUCAAAGACUGUUAGAGCAGAAAUCAAAACAGCAAAGUUAUUUUGAGAAAAUAAUGACCGUGUCUGAACAGGCCCAACUAGCAUCAAUUCAGGUGGCUGAAAUAAUAGCAUUAACAUCUAAACCCUACAUGCUUGCUGAGUCAGUCAUCCUCCCAGCUUGCAAAAAGAUAGUAAAAUCCAUGUUUGGUGAAAAGGCUGAGAAGAAAUUGAACAAUAUCCCACUUUCAAAUGAUACAAUACAUAGAAGAAUCCUAGAUAUGUUGAAAAAUAUCGAAGACAAUGUUCAGAAAAAGCUUAAGAAUUCUAAUUUUGCUUUAACCAUGGAUGAAUCAACUGACAUCAGUAAUAAAAGUCAAUUGCUUGCAAUUGUACGUUUUAUUGACGAGAAUGAAAUAAUCAAUCAAUCUUUGUGCUGUAAAGAAAUGUCCACAACUACAAGAGGUCAAGAUAUUUUUGAUUUGAUAACAGGCUACCUCAAAGAAAUAAAUUUGUCUUGGAGGUCCUGUGUUGGUAUUUGUACCGAUGGAGCCCCAUGCAUGACAGGCUGUAUUAAAGGAUUUGUAUCCUUUGUAGAAAAAGAAAAUCCAAAUCUCAUUCGCAGUCAUUGCUUUCUACAUAGAGAAGUUCUUGUUUCAAAAAUAUUGCAGGAAGAUUUAAAGGUUGUGUUACAUCAAGUUGUUGGAAUGGUCAAUUAUAUAAAAAGUAGGCCAUUAAAGUCACGAUUAUUUGAACAACUGUGCAAAGAGAUGGACUCACAGCAUGUUAAGUUAUUAAUGCACACAGAGGUUCACUGGCUGUCGAACAGCAAAGUACUAAAUCGUGUUCACAAAUUGCACAAGGAACUACUAUCAUUUUUUCUCCAGAAAAAGCAGGAGAAAUUCUGUGAAAACCUUAGUUGCGAAUUUUGGAUGUCUAAAAUGGAAUAUCUAACAGAAAUAUUUAGUGAACUAAAUAUAACAAACAGUCGUAUGCAAGGUAAAAACGAAAAUAUUCUCACUUCAAUAGACAAGUUAGUUGCCCUCAAAAAGGAAAUUGUCAUUUGGUAA